CGCUCGGGGUGUCUCGAGCACCUGACCGGGCUUAACGGCCCUCUUUGAAGCCUUCUCGUCUUCCGUCCUCUCGCUCCGGUCCCGGCGCCGUCCUUGGUACGCCUGGGAAAGUCAGUGUGAGGGGCCGCGGCGGCAGGGCCCCUGCACGCGGCGUGCCUGAAGCCGGGACUCGUCUGCCGCCUCUUUCCGCGUGAAACCCGGAGCUGGCAUCGGGACCGCCGGUUUACUCAUAGCCGUCGGUGGUGACCUUGAGUCUCUUCCAGGCACUUGGCGGAAAGCACCAAAGCAUUUAGGUCCAGCAGCUCUGCAGGAAUGGCCGAGUUUGGGAUCUCCCCUGGCCAGCUUGUGGCAGUGUUCUGUGACAAGUCAUCUUCUGAAGAGGCCCUUAAAAAACUGGUGGGUAGAGUUCAAGGAUUAACUGGCAGCGAGGGCCAAGUAUUCGUGGAAAACAUCACCCAGCUGUUGCAGUCUGCCCAUAAGGAAUCCAGCUUCGAUGUCAUUCUGUCCGGUAUAGUCCCAGGAAGCACCUCUCUGCACAGUCCUGAGGCUCUGGCUGACAUGGCCCGGAUCCUCCGGCCAGGGGGGUGUCUUUUUCUGAAAGAACCAGUGGAGACAACUGGAGUUAACAAUGACAAAAUAAAGACAGCCUCUAAGCUGUGUUCAGCCCUGACUCUUUCUGGCCUUGUGGAAAUAAAAGAGUUGCAGCGGGAGGCCUUAAGCCCUGAGGAGGCGCAGUCCAUGCAGGAGCACCUGGGCUACCACAGUGACAGCCUGCUCUCAGUCCACGUCACAGGCAAGAAGCCAAACUUUGAAGUGGGUUCUUCUAGCCAGCUAAAGCUUCUCCACAAGAAGUCGUCUUCAGUGAAGCCUGUUGUGGAUCCUGCUACUGCCAAGCUCUGGACCCUCUCAGCCAAUGACAUGGAGGAUGACAGCAUGGAUCUCAUUGACUCAGAUGAGCUGCUAGAUCCAGAAGAUUUGAAGAAGCCUGAUCCAGCCUCUCUGAAGGCGCCUUCAUGUGGGGAAGGGAAAAAGAGGAAGGCCUGUAAGAACUGCACCUGUGGCCUGGCAGAGGAACUGGAGAAAGAGCAGUCCAAGGCGCAGAGCUCUCAGCCCAAGUCAGCCUGUGGAAAUUGCUACCUGGGAGAUGCUUUCCGAUGUGCCAACUGCCCCUACCUUGGGAUGCCAGCCUUCAAGCCUGGAGAGCAGGUCCUCCUGAGCAGUAGCAACCUCCAGGAUGCCUAGGAGGAAGCCCAAGCCCACACACCUCCUCCUCCAGCCGACUCCUGCCCCUCAGUGCCUGCCAGGCCUCCUCCCAUCCCUGGAUUCAAUCACUCUGAAAACAUUCGCAGGGAGAGGCUUGUAGCAGAGUGAAGCUGCUUGGGGCAGUGGGGUGUGGUGCUGCUAUGUCUUGAAAGACCAAGGUAUGAGGGACCUGCCUUCUUAGUGUUAGGAGGAGGAGAUGUACCGUAGGAACUCUGCUCCUGGUGUUACAGUGCUGACCCUCUCCACCCUUGAGUCUAGACAUCCUUGAAUAUUUAUGCUGAAUAAGCUCCAGGUCCACUCAUUGAUGCUGCCACUUGCUGAACUUCCUCAGUCCGUAUUACUUGGAGCCAUGGGUCAGCUGUAAAAGGGCCUCGGGCACCAAAGAAGUCACUCCCUUAGUUGUCGUGAUCCAUCUUGUGUCCUGCCUUUCUCACCUCACCCCAUUUUACUGUAGUGUUGUAUCUGUGUCCUGUUGUGAUUUCUGUUAAAUAGGUAUUAAAUUUUUGUGUUUCUGUC